GCAUUAUAAAAGACUCAAGAGUCCUAAACCAAAUAUGGCUCUAGUCUAGAGUGGGUCACAAACCAAAACUGAAAUUAUUGCCAGUGUUUGACGGAAAAAAAAAAAAAAAAAACUCAACUUGGAGGGGUUUAUAUUUUGGGAGGUUUAAUUAUCAGACCUUAAUUCGUAACUCCCUCACUGAAGAACCUCACUUUGAUUUCAAUCAGUUUGCUGUCAACCUUGGGCUUUGAUCUUAUCGCUGUAUGGCGAACAACCCUCAAUAUACUGGUGGACUGGGUCCGCCUCUAAGGCCACCUAUGGUUGGUUCUGUUGGCCCCCCACAGAAUAUUCCACCUCCAAUGCCUUCUCAGUUCCGGCAAAUUGCUCCAAUGCAUCCAUCUCAGCAAUUUGCUCCUUCAGCAUCUCAACAGUAUCAGUCUAUUGGCCCUGGUAUUACUGCAAUGAAUUUAGGAAUGCCUCCAUCACAGAAUCAGCAAAUGCAGUUUGCACAACCUUUACAACAAGUGCCCACAAGACCGAUACCGCCAGCUCACCUUCCUUCAAUGUCACAGUCUAUGCCAAUGUCCAAUAUUCAGUUAAACAGGCCAAUGUCAUCUGGAUUGCCCCAACCUGUGCAAAAUCUGCAGGCCUCAAGUAGUUAUCUGCCUGCCUCGGGCGGUCCAGUAAUGCACCCUCUUCCAGCUUAUGCUCCAAAUACAUACCCUACAUCUCAAUAUCAGCCAGUAUCUCAAAUAAAUCUUGAAAGCAAUCCUAUUUCUGGGCAAUCUUUAUCAACUUCUGGAAACCAGGAUGCUGCAGCUGCUUCAUUUAUUCAACUGCAGCAAAGUGGGCAGCCUCCACCAUCUAUUCCCACAACUUCAGUAGUAGAUUCUCGAUUCAAGUCUACAGAGAAAUCUUCUUCGGAUUGGUUGGAACACACCAAUAAUGGAAGACGAUUUUACUACAACAAGAAGACAAGGCAGUCUACGUGGGAGAAACCUUUCGAACUGAUGACUCCUAUUGAGAGGGCUGAUGCGACUACUGAUUGGAAGGAGUAUACAGGCCCUGAUGGAAGAAAGUAUUAUUAUAACAGAGUUACCAAGCAGUCCAAGUGGGUGAUUCCUGAAGAGCUUAAGUUGGCAAGAGAGCAAGUAGAAAAGACAGUUUCCAUACCAGAAGUUGCUGGAAGCUCUUCUGUAUCUGCUUUCCAGUCUAGUGUUAAAACACCUUCUACAGUCGAUACAAAAUCUUUUAUUCCUAUUAUACAUGUAAGUCCAGCUAGAGUGACACCUGUGGCUGUUGCUGAUGCUACCACUUCACCAACUGUAUCAUCUCCUGGCUUGGCUUCUUUGCCUCUUAAGGAUUCUGAGGUACAAAAAGAUGCUUUGUCUACCGUUGAUGUUGGUGCAACUGCCCCUGGAAUUGUUGAUGAGCAAGCAGCUUUUGACACUGCACCUUUGCCAAUGAAUCAAUCCAAUUUGGUCCCAACCGAGGAAGCUAUAGAGUCUUUGCAGAAUGUUCUGGCGCAAGAAGAGGAAGACAAUAAAAGCACAGACAUUAUUGGAAAGACAAGUGUUACUGCCUCAGAAGAAAAAGUGGUUGAGCCUGAAACGCUAACCUAUGCUAGCAAACAGGAGGCUAAAGAUGCUUUUAAAGCUCUUCUUGAAUCUGUGAAUGUUGAAUCUGACUGGACCUGGGAGCAGGCUAUGAGAUUAAUUAUCAAUGACAAAAGAUACGCAGCUCUUAGAUCGCUUGGAGAAAGGAAGCAAGCUUUCAAUGAGCACUUGAUUCAAAAAAGAAAACACGAAGCUGAGGAAAGGCGUUUUAAGCACAGAAAAGCAAGGGAGAACUUCAGGAAAAUGUUAGAAGAAUGCAGUGAGCUGACAUCAACGACAAGAUGGGGCAAAGCUUUAAAUAUGAUUGGAAAUGAUGAGCGUUUCAAAGCCAUUGAGAGAGCGAGAGAUCGUGAGGACAUGUUUGAAGAAUAUGUGGUUGAACUGGAGAAGAAGGAACGUUCAAAGCAAGAAGAAGAACGUCAACGGAACAUAAUGGAGUACAGGAAUUUCUUGGAAUCAUGCGACUUUAUUAAGGCAAACAGUCAAUGGAGGAAAGUGAAAGACCGCUUGGAGGAUGAUCAAAGAUGUUCUCGGCUUGACGCAAUGGAUCAAUUGAAAAUUUUCCAGGAGUAUGUUGGUGAUUUGGAAAAGGAAGAGGAAGAGCAAAAAAGAAUUCAGAAGGAAGAAAUAAGAAGAGCUGAACGGAGAAACCGUGAUGAAUUUCGGAAGUUGAUGGAAGGACAUGUCUCAGAUGGCACUCUCAGUGCCAAGACACUUUGGCGUGAUUACCACUCAAAGGUUAAAGAUACACCGGUGUAUGUUGCAGUCUCGUCCAAUACCUCAGGUUCCACUCCUAAGGAGUUGUUUGAAGAUGUAGUUGAAGAGCUAAAGAAGCAGUAUGAAGAUGAUAGGAUACGGAUUAAGGAUGCUGUGAAGUCUGGAAAGGUUUCCAUAUCUUCUACUUGGACUCUUGAAGACUUCAAGGCUGCAAUUGAGGAUGAUAUCAGCAAUCCGGAAGUGUCAGAGAACAACUUGAAGCUAGUUUUUGAUGAGUUACUUGAAAGAGUCAAAGAAAAAGAGGAGAAAGAAGCAAAAAGGCGAAAGCGUCUUGGAGAUGAAUUCUUUAACAUGUUAUGUUCACUCAAGGAUAUAACCGUUGAUUCAAAGUGGGAGGACUGUCUACCACUCUUUGAAGAUCGAGAAGAGUUUAGAUCUAUUGGGGAAAAAGCUUUCUCUAUGCAGAUUUUUGAGGAGUAUCUUGAUCAGUUGAAGGAAAAGGAGGAGAAAGAUCGAAAGAGAAGAGAAGAAAAGGGUAAGAGAGAGAAGGAGAGAGAAAGAGAUAAAAGGUCUAGAGACAAAAGGGAAAAAGAUAGGAGGCGUGACAGAGAUAGAGGAAAGGACCGAAGUGGAAGGGACGAGGGUGAUGCUGAACCUGACGUUGAUGAAACUUCAGUAUCAAGUCAGGGCCGAAAGUCAGGAAAAGACAAGGAUAAGAAGCAUCGUAAGCGCCAUCAAGAUGAUGAAAACGAUUCAAUUUUGGAUAAAAACGGAAAAGAUCAUUCGAGAAGUUCUCACAGGCACAGCAGUGAGCGUAAGAAGUCAAGACAAAUGGAGCAGCACACAGAAUCCGAUAGUGAAAGCAAGCAUAAGAAACCCAAGAGAGAGCAUCGUAAUGGUUCUCGUAGAAAAGGAGACAAUGAGGAGCUUGAAGACGGGGAGCUGGGUAACUGGUGAUCUGUGAGGCAUGUAUGUUGUAGCAAUAUACAAGGGAAUUAAACAUUAUUUUGUUGUUUUGAACAUGUUCACUUCAGUGGGACAUCAUCAAUCAUCACUCUUUGUUUACUGCAUGAAGUGAAAGGGCUCAGACCUAGAGAGCCACAUUGCAUGAUAUUUAUUGGAAAAGGCUCGAUUGCACAUCCACCUUGGAAGCCAGCAGGAUCUUCGUAUGUAAUCAGAAAGGUAUCUUUCUUUUAUGACUAGAUUUAGGCAGUAUUUGGAUGGUUUUCAUCGAUUUUCCUUAUUAGAGUAAGCAUUGAGUUUGGCUUGGAAGAUGUAUGAAUGGUAUUGAUCAUGGAAGUUUAUAUGUUCGCUAAUUGAUAUUGAUAUCAGGGUCAAAUUUUGUUAGCGCAUAGGUUUAAUCCCCAGUUGUCUUGGUCCUGAGACAGUGAAACAGCUCUUCUUGUAUUAGAUAACUGAGUGCCUGACUUCAGUGGUUGACUCCUGAAUUUUGAACAACUAAACAUUAUCAUCCCUUUUUCCUUUUCAUAUGUGAUUAUAUUUAUAAUACAUGAUUGGGAAACUGAAGUACUAUACAAAACUUGGGUUUGA